AUGCAGACCCUCCUUGUGAGCUCGCUUGUGGUCUCCCUCGCUGCGGCCCUGCCACACUACAUCAGGAGCAAUGGCAUUGAAGCCAGCCUCCUGACUGAUCCCAAGGAUGUCUCCGGCCGCACAGUCGACUACAUCAUCGCUGGUGGAGGUCUGACUGGACUCACCACCGCUGCCCGUCUGACGGAGAAUCCCAACAUCAGCGUGCUCGUCAUCGAAAGUGGCUCCUACGAGUCGGACAGAGGUCCUAUCAUUGAGGACCUGAACGCCUACGGCGACAUCUUUGGCAGCAGUGUAGACCACGCCUACGAGACCGUGGAGCUCGCUACCAACAAUCAAACCGCGCUGAUCCGCUCCGGAAAUGGUCUCGGUGGCUCUACUCUAGUGAAUGGUGGCACCUGGACUCGCCCCCACAAGGCACAGGUUGACUCUUGGGAGACCGUCUUUGGAAAUGAGGGCUGGAACUGGGACAAUGUGGCCGCCUACUCCCUCCAGGCUGAGCGUGCUCGCGCACCAAAUGCCAAACAGAUCGCUGCUGGCCAUUACUUCAACGCAUCCUGUCAUGGUACCAAUGGUACUGUCCAUGCCGGACCCCGUGACACCGGCGAUGACUAUUCCCCCAUCGUCAAGGCUCUCAUGAGCGCUGUCGAAGACCGAGGCGUUCCCACCAAGAAGGACUUCGGAUGCGGUGACCCUCAUGGUGUGUCCAUGUUCCCCAACACCUUGCACGAAGACCAAGUUCGCUCCGAUGCCGCUCGCGAAUGGCUCCUUCCCAACUACCAACGUCCCAACCUGCAAGUCCUGACCGGACAAUAUGUUGGUAAGGUGCUCCUUAGCCAGAACGGCACCACCCCUCGUGCCGUCGGCGUGGAAUUCGGCACCCACAAGGGCAACACCCACAACGUUUACGCUGAGCACGAGGUCCUCCUGGCCGCGGGCUCCGCUGUCUCUCCCACAAUCCUGGAAUAUUCCGGUAUCGGAAUGAAGUCCAUCCUGGAGCCCCUUGGUAUCGACACCGUCGUUGACCUGCCCGUCGGCCUGAACCUGCAGGACCAGACCACCGCUACCGUCCGCAGCCGCAUCACCUCUGCUGGUGCCGGACAGGGUCAGGCCGCUUGGUUCGCCACCUUCAACGAGACCUUUGGUGACUAUUCCGAAAAGGCACACGAGCUGCUCAACACCAAGCUGGAGCAGUGGGCCGAAGAGGCCGUCGCCCGUGGCGGAUUCCACAACACUACCGCCUUGCUCAUCUAGUACGAGAACUACCGCGACUGGAUUGUCAACCACAACGUCGCGUACUCGGAACUCUUCCUCGACACUGCCGGAGUAGCCAGCUUCGAUGUGUGGGACCUUCUGCCCUUCACCCGAGGAUACGUUCACAUCCUCGACAAGGACCCCUACCUUCACCACUUCGCCUACGACCCUCAGUACUUCCUCAACGAGCUGGACCUGCUCGGUCAGGCUGCCGCUACUCAACUGGCCCGCAACAUCUCCAACUCCGGUGCCAUGCAGACCUACUUCGCUGGGGAGACUAUCCCCGGUGAUAACCUCGCGUAUGAUGCCGAUUUGAGCGCCUGGACUGAGUACAUCCCGUACCACUUCCGUCCUAACUACCAUGGCGUGGGUACUUGCUCCAUGAUGCCGAAGGAGAUGGGCGGUGUUGUUGAUAAUGCUGCCCGUGUGUAUGGUGUGCAGGGACUGCGUGUCAUUGAUGGUUCUAUUCCUCCUACGCAAAUGUCGUCCCAUGUCAUGACGGUGUUCUAUGCCAUGGCGCUAAAAAUUUCGGAUGCUAUCUUGGAAGAUUAUGCUUCCAUGCAGUGA